AAUAAGAUAUACCAAUAGUUUGACCUGUUCACCUGUUCGUCCUCUAAUUAUGCUUAACUUUUCUACUAUAUGUGUAUUAUAGUUAUGCUUGUGAUGAACAUUUUGAAACUGUUGGACGUGUUAAUGUGUUAGACACGGGGAAAGUCGGUGACAGUUAAUGACAGAUACGGCUUGACAGAUUAACAAGAUGUGGUUAUUGUGGUCGUUGGGAACAUUGUUGAUUGUUGGUGUUGCUCAAGCUUCAAAGGGGGACAACUCAAAUGAGUACACUGGCUGCUACCAUGUUUGCCAUUUCAACAAUUGUACCUCCAGAUUAGGUAUUGCUGCUUAUGAGUCCUCUCAAAGCCUAAGUGAGAAGAUCCUGCAGUGGACUUGUGAUGAUGAAUGCCAGUAUUACUGUAUGUGGCGCACAACACAGAUAUUCUUGGACAGGGGAAUGGACAUACCACAGUUCUUUGGCAAGUGGCCAUUUGCACGGAUUUGGGGCAUGCAGGAGCCGGCAGCUGUUCUCUUCUCUGUUCUCAACUUGAUGGCCCAUCUCAUUAAUCUUAGACGAUUCCGUCAAUCUGUCCCUCCAAAUGCUCCAAUGUAUAAGAUAUGGCACUUGCAUGCUGGGAUCUGUAUUAAUGCUUGGGUGUGGUCUGUGGUGUUCCAUGCCCGAGACACUCCCUGGACUGAACGAUUGGACUACUUCUUUGCCUUCUCCAUGGUUCUCUUUUCACUCUUUGGCCUUGUUAUCAGGUUGUUGGGUCCUCAGCUCAAGGUUUAUAAAGAGGCAGCAGCAGUAGUCGGUGUCCUGUUCUUUGGUUAUCAUGUGUGGUAUCUGACAAAGGGACGAUUUGAUUAUGGAUACAAUAUGACGGUGAAUGUUGUUGUAGGUGUCUUAAAUGGCUCUGGGUGGCUUGCCUGGGCUGUGCCACGGCUGAAAUCAAGACCAUACAUUCAGUGGUGUGUGUUCACAGUGGUGGGUGCCAUGGCAUCAAUGUUACUGGAGCUUGGAGAUUUCCCGCCCCUCUUCUGGGCAGUUGAUGCUCAUGCCCUAUGGCACUUGGCUACGUCACCACUCCCCUUCAUGUGGUACAGGUUUUUGGAGAGUGAUUGCCUAUACUUACUUCAAAGAAAAUCUGGACCUGAAUACAAGAAACAAAUAUAAGAAGACAGUAUAAUGGCUUUGGUAAUACAGUACUGUAUAUGACAUGUGUUUCCAGUAAAUAUUAAUUUGAAGUAUAAUUUCAUACUUUUACUAAGGUUUAUAAACCAUAAAUGUUUGUUUCCAGUACUUACCUUGUUAUCUGUUACCUCUGCCAAAAGCAGAAUCUAUUUCAAGUAUAUAUGACAUGAUAUUUUGACAUAUAGUACAGUAAAUAUAUAUGGUAUGAACUUACAGUAUUUUGAACAUAUAUUUAUAUUUAUGGUAAUAAUCUUUAUUAUUAAUAGGUGAGUGUUAUGAACAUUCUGUAUUGUUAACAUGUUGUGUUUAGAGUGGAUAUACCUAUAUGUAAACGUGGAUUAUGAACAUGUUGUUAGCUUCCUCUUUUCAAUGUUUAUACAUAUGUUACUGGAGAAACAACAGUAAUAGAAGAUUAGGAUUUUAAUCCUGUGCUUUUCCUUAAAAUUUGCAAGAUCACUGAAUGUGGCUAAUAUGUAGCAUAGGUCUACUUGUAAUUAGUUGCUGAUGGUUGUUAUAGUUAUAAAGGCAAACUUACAUGAUUAUGAUAUAAUUGUUUUUUGUGUUUCUUAGGGAAAAGACAAGAGUAAAACUCAGAGGUAAUGGAACUGUGAGCUAUGAAGAAUAUUAUGUGUCCUGUGCCUCACUCACUAGACUGAUAAAGUGGCUUUCUGUUUUGGAUGCUGCAAUUGUUAGAAAUUUGAGUUAUGCUUGCCAACCAGUACCUGGGGCCAUGAUACCAUUACAAAGUAAUGUCUAAAUCUCUCCAUUCACUGUGUACAUGUGUAGUGUGAGGAAUAUCAGCAUUGUGCAGCUGACUAGAAGUACUGUACUUCAAAAGAACAUUCAUGAUAACACAGAAAAUCUGUGGCAAAGCAGCGAUAUCUUCACCACUGGCAGUGGGACAAUGAUUCUAAACUUAAGAAAAGGAGAGCAUCUACAUUUUUAUGUGAAUGGUAAAAAAAAAGUAUGUUUCAUUACUUUUUUCUGCAAUUUGAAGCUGGACAAAUUGCUAUGAUAUAUUCUACCAGUAUUUCAUAAUACAGUAUUUUGAUAUGCAUGCUCCCUGUAUCAGUAAAGGUAUUCAUAUACAAUAUACAGGAAUACAACUUGAAUUACAGCUCAUUUUUUCUACAUUUUGGCAGUUUUCUACAAAAUUUUUUUAUUGGUACCAGACAAUUUGAUCCACAUAAUAUAUAAAGGUGUAUACCAAUUCCUGUGAUCGGCUUUACCAACUGAUCUGAAAAUACUAUAGUGGACUAACACUGCUUACAAAGCACAGGAACCACAUCGAAUCCAUGGGUAACGAUAAUUUUUAGGGGGACUUUACUUGACCAAGAAUUUUUCAAUGGGAUAUUUAGGAAUGUCAAGUGUUUGUCAAACUAAAAAAUGACAUUGACAAUCUUUAGUCAACUGUUGUCUUGGCUUACUAACUUAGGCAUUUCAGGGAUGUUAUCUCUGAGUGGGAGGAGGUAAAUUUAAUUACAGUACAGUACAGUACUGUACUGCAAAACUUUGUAAAGAAUACUUUAACAGAGAAUAUAAAAAGGUUGUGUAGUGGUAGAGGAUAACUUCUGGUAAGGUUUGCCAGGAGGCCUCCUCAGCUCCACAGUCAAAGGGUCAGUAUCACAUUAUGGUUAGAAGUGUGCUACCUGAGUUGGUUUUGUUCAUUAUGAAUUGAGCUAAAGAUUACCUGAGUCAGUUUUCCUCUGAAUAAGGAGAAUGAGUUUUAUUUGAGUAUGAAAUGAAGUUGUCUUUGUUCAGUCUUUGAUGGUUAAUGUUUUUGUAUUGGCUCUUCUUAAGUUAUUUCCAUCUUUGCAAGCCAUUUCCCACAUACUGUAGGGUGGCAAGGGUGACACAGACUCACCUUCCAUAGUGUCAUUUGUACUUUUUAGCUGCAUCACUAGAUGUGUUCUUCUGAAUAAAAAUCCGUUUGCAGCACUUUCAUAUCUGCAACCAUGUCUGACCAAAAAGGAUGUUUAAUAAUUGUGAAAUAAGUUUCAUUAUUUGCUGGAGCUUUUUGCUGCUUGAAAUCAGUAAUUUAUGUAUAUAAUAUUGUGUUACCACCUGGAGUUCUAGCUUGGUAACUCUUUCAUGAAUAGGAAAAGUAUAGGCAGUAGAAGUUUUCAAGAUAUGCAGCUUAAAUGUUAGGAUUAAAGUUCAGACUCUUCACAAUACAGUAAUUUAUGUUCACUGUAUACUUAUUGGUAUUUUGGUAUUUUCAUGCAUAGACAAUCAGCCCUGGAUCCAGACUUGUGGAUACUGAUGAACAUGUAUCCGUCAAAUUUUUUUAUGUGUUGUUGAACACCAGCUGGCACACCUCACUUUAAAGGGGAAAACAGGGUAUAUAGUAUAUAUUAAUUGAUUAGUAGUUAUACUGUAUCAGUAAGUUUGAUCAUAAACACAAUUGCUGCACCAAUAUGAUGUGAUAUAUUUCUUGAUAAAAAAAAAUUAUUAGAUCCUGGCAAUGUAGGGAUUCUGGUUUCAUUGGUUUUUAUGUGUUUCAUUUUGCUACUCUGGGAAAUAUAGUUUAUGUAUGUA